CGAUAUUCACUUUAUAAUAGUUAACUCUAUAGUACCUUGAGUCCAUAGCUGGUCGUUUUGCACAAACAUGGCUCGCCAAACUGCUCUACUGGCCCUUGCGGCUCUCUCAUCCCUCUCUAUCGCACAAAUCUCGGACAAUUUUGAGGAAGGUUGGGACCAGACUAUAUGGCCCACCUAUGCACCAAGUUGCAACCAGGGCGGAACCGUCAGCCUCGAUACAACAGUAGCCCAUAGUGGUAAUAACUCCAUGAAAGUUGUUGGUGGCCCCAAUGGCUUUUGCGGACACAUCUUCUUUGGCACUACCAAAGUGCCGACGGGUGAUGUAUAUGUAAGAGUUUGGCUUCAGCUUGAGACUGCUCUCAAUAACGACCAUGUCACAUUCAUUGUUAUGCCAGACAACGCUCAAGACGGUGAUGAUCUCCGCAUUGGUGGUCAAAGUGAAAUCCUCGACUAUAACCGCGAAUCCGACGAUGCUACCCUUCCUGACCUAUCUCCACAAGGCAUUGCUUCCUCAGUCAAUCUGCCUACUGGAUCGUUCCAGUGCUUCGAGUACUAUCUGGGCACUGACGGCACAAUCCAGACUUGGCUGAACGGCAACCUCAUCUUGGGUAUGACCACGGGGCCGAAUGCUGACAAUUCGAAUGAUGCUGGAUGGACGAGAGAAUCUUAUACUCCUGACAUCACUGGUGUCUACUUUGGCUGGGAGGCCUACAGCGGAGACAUCAAUACCGUUUGGUUCGACGACGUCGCGAUUGAGACGAGCCGCGUAGGAUGUGGCGGCCCCACGGUAUCUGGAAGCACCUCAAUUAGACCAACUUCAACUACACAUAGCACUGUCUCGGGACCAACAACCUCCAACCCUACCACCACUACAAAGCCAAGCACCACCAUUCCGCCAACAACUUCAAAGACAACCAGCUCUGCGAGUGCUUCUCAGACUAAGUAUGGCCAGUGUGGAGGCCAAGGUUGGACUGGACCAACUGCAUGCGCUUCUGGUUCAACAUGCAUGUACCAGAAUGCAUAUUACUCUCAAUGCCUAUGAGGUAGAGAAGUAAGAAAUAAAGUAAGAAGAUUUAAAGCAUAAUUUAACUUGCCUAGCUAGCAGGUACCAGCUAAUUAAUAAUAUUAUAUGU